AUGGCCCUUAAGGUGGGUUCAUGCUCAUCAAACAUCCCCGGAUGGCGAGGGCUCUUAUCAAUUUUACUACUAUUGACAACCUUUACACGUCAUUAUUGUGCAGAGAGCUAUUCAAACUAUAUAAACAUUGAUGAUGAUGAAGAUAGUAGCACUGCCACAACACUUGCCUCAUCGAUUGGCAAUAAUUUCAAUGCUAUUGUGCUUCCGACAUCAAAAACAACACCAGCUGCAUUGGCACAUACAACAUCAUUGUUAUCGCAUUCAUCAAUCAAAUAUUCAUCUCCUAUACCGCAGAUUCAAUCAUUUGGGAGCAUUAGUGCAUCAAAUGAUGAAGAUGAAGAUGUGACAUCAAUAGCGGAAUCAUCAACGACGGCCUCAUUAUUAUUAUCAUCAGCGCUGCCAUCAUUUUUAUCUUCCUCAGUAUCAUCAGUAUCAUCAUCAUUAUCGUCGGAGCAAAAUCAUCAACUUAGUAGCAGUAGUGAAGCCAAUGAAAUUCCAUAUCAAUUUAAAUUUGCACAUCCAAUUUAUAAUGUCACAAUACCCGAAAAUAGUGUACAAAAAACAUUUGCCAUUCAACCAUAUAGUGAUAAGGAACGAAUGGGUAUUCAAUUAUACGAGCAUAGUAAUAAUAGUAAAGAUGAUGAGAUGAGAUCAAUGCAUCAUAUCGAUGUAAAAUAUCAAAUUGUUGGUGGUGAUAAAAAUAAAAUUUUUAAGGCUGAAGAACGAAUUGUUGGUGAUUUUGCAUUCUUAACAAUACGAACUCGCACAAACAAUAUAGUAUUAAAUCGCGAGAAAGGCGAUAAUUAUCGAUUGCGUAUAAAAGCAACAAUAACACGUAGUAGUAGAAUAGGAACAAAGAAAAGGACGAUACAGGAAGCUGAAACGCUUGUCGAUGUUAAAGUUCUCGAUAAAAAUGAUCUCUCUCCAUUAUUUUAUCCUACGAAAUAUUCCAUUACAAUAACAGACGAUACGCCACUUCAUCAAAGCAUUCUCCGUGUUACUGCAGAAGAUGCUGAUGUGGGAAUUAAUGGAGAAAUCUAUUAUAGUUUAUUAAAUGAGACUGAACAAUUUGCGAUACAUCCAAGCAGCGGUGUGUUGACAUUAACUAGAUCUCUUGCAACAAGCGGGAGCACAUACUAUCAAUUGACAGUUUUGGCAACAGACAGAGCGUCACUUUUAUUGAAUAAUGUAAAUAGUAAUUUUAAGAGUAAUCAUUAUACAGCGAGUAAGGCAUCAGUUGAAAUUUUUGUACAACACACAAAUUUACAUGCACCAGAAAUCUAUGUGCAAGCAUUAAAUGAGAUUGUAGAGAACUCAAAUGCAAAUAUUUACGGAAUUGUGCGGGUAGAGGAUCGAGAUUCAGGUAUUCAUGGUGAAAUUAAAGCACUUGAGAUUGUUGAUGGAGAUCCGGAUGGACAUUUUCGUAUAAAGCCAUCGUUGAAUACUGGAGAGUUUGUAAUCGAAAUACAUAAGCUUUUGGAUAGGGAAACAACUCCAGCUGGCUAUAAUUUGACAUUACGUGCUGUUGAUAAAGGCGUGCCACCAAAAGAUAGUUAUAAGCGUGUUCCAGUACGACUACUUGAUUAUAAUGAUAAUUAUCCAAUUUUUAAUAAAGAAUUAUAUGAGAUAUCAGUGCCUGAAGUAGCUCCAAUAAAUACACCAGUGAUACGACUUAAAGUAAGCGAUCGUGAUGCUGGCAAAAAUGGACAAGUUCUUAUUUAUAUAGUCGGAGGAAAUGAAAAUGGUGAAUUUAAAAUAAAUCCUGAAAGUGGGAUGCUCUACACAAAUGCCAUACUAGAUGCCGAAAAAAAGCCUUUUUAUACAUUAACCGUAUCGGCCAUAGAUCAAGGUAAUACGGGAACUAGAAAGCAAUCGUCAGCAAAAGUAAAAAUCAAUAUUGAGGAUAGGAAUGAUGAGAAUCCUGUGUUUGAGACACCGACAAUGACAGUAUGGGUUGAUGAAAAUGAGCCCGCGGGUACAAUUGUAGCAAAAGUGAAGGCUACCGAUGCCGAUAGUAAUGAUAAUGCAUACAUUUCGUAUUCUAUAGCUAAUUUAAAUUUGAGUGGCGACUUACCAUUCGACAUUGACCAUUUUACGGGUGCUGUUCGUACGACAAAACUACUCGAUUAUGAGACAAUGCGUAGAGAGUAUGUACUCCAAAUACGUGCAAGUGAUUGGGGUAUACCAUAUAGAAGGCAAACAGAAAUGAAACUAUACAUAAAAUUGCGAAACAUUAAUGAUCAUCGGCCGCAAUUUGAGCGAAUAGAUUGUGUAGGUCAAAUACCACGUCAUUUACCAAUCGGCUCAGAGCUGAUAAAGCUUUCAGCAAUUGACUUUGAUGCAGGCGAUUUAAUCAGUUAUCGCAUCGUGUCAGGCAACGAGGAUGGAUGCUUCAAUUUAGAUUCUGCAAGUGGCCUUAUUUCACUCGGAUGUGAUCUCGAAGAUGUCGGUGUUGACAAGAGAGAUGUCAACGUUACGGCAACCGAUGGCACACACUUUGCUGAUACAAUAAGAAUACAAAUUAAUUUAUUACAGACAUCAUACAGUAGCACGAGUAGACGUAAUGAAAAUUAUCAUGGUAAUUUUGAGUGCAGAACAACAGACGUUGCACGCCGUUGGACCGAAGUGCAUGCAUUAUCCGAGAAGAAUAAUUCACCGAAACGUAAUAGUGGAAAUGAUGAUUUUGUUAUGAUGCCUAGUCGAUAUGGUGAAAACAUACACUCGCCUGAAUUUGUCAAUUUUCCCACCGAGAUAAAAGUCAAUGAAACUGUACUUUUGGGAACAACAAUUGCAUGGAUAAAAUCACGAGAUGCUGAUCUCGGCUUUAAUGGUGCUAGAGUCUAUGGUAUAUCCGAUGGUGACAAUGAUUCUUUAUUUAGAAUUGAUUUGGAAACUGGUGAAUUGAAAGUUAUUGGCUUCUUGGAUCGUGAGAAGGAGAGUGAAUAUCUAUUGAACGUGACAGUUUAUGAUUUGGGUAAGCCACAAAAAUCUGUUUCGCGUUUGCUGCCAAUAACCGUAUUAGACGAGAAUGACUGUUAUCCAAUAUUUGAGAAAUCGCUUGCGAGCUUACAUGUUUCGGAGAAUGCUCGCAAUGGUACAAUUAUCUUUCGCUUCAAUGCAAACGAUAAAGAUGAAGGAUUAAAUGGUAAAGUUACAUACAGUCUUGUCACCGAGACAUCACAAUUUACAAUCGACCGUGAAACUGGUGUUCUGUCAAUUUCUGCACCAUUGGAUCGUGAAAAACAAGAUUUGUAUGAAUUGCGUGUACGAGCUACGGAUGGAGGUGACAAGGGCGCGACUGAUAGCGAUUUUCCAUCACUCUCAUCCGAGGCACUAAUACAAAUUAAAAUUGACGACUUUAAUGAUUGUAUACCAGAAUUUCAUUUGACUGACUACAACGUUCGUAUACGAGAAGAUGUUCCCAUAGGCGCAGUUGUUGCGACAGUCACGGCAAAUGAUUUAGAUGAAGGAAAUAAUGGAGAAGUUUUAUAUGCAUUUGGCGAGGGAAUUGGAGCAAGUGGAGAGGGAUUCUUUAAGAUUGAUAAAUAUACGGGCACAAUUCGUACAGCAAAACAGCUAGAUUUUGAGGAACGACAAAUUCAUAGUUUGGUUAUUGUCGCAGUCGAUAAGGGAUUACCAUCGCUUUCGAGUUCAACAUCACUUAUUGUGGAAGUGAUUGAUGUCAACGAGAAUCGCUUUGCUCCGCAAUUUGAAGAUUUUGUACUAAUGGGAUCAUUAAAAGAAAAUCAAAAUCCAAGCACACAAGUCAUGAAAGUUGCUGCAAAAGACAUUGAUAUUCCGGGACCUGAUUCACGUGUCUCAUAUUCAACAAUCAAAGGAGACGGUCUCGGGCUUUUCGCUAUCGAUAAUGAAGGAAAUAUCCGAAGCAUGGUAAAGUUUGAUGCUGAGGUUAAAUCACAUUAUUGGUUAACAGUUUGUGCUCAGGAUCAUGGCAUUGUUCCAUUACAUUCUUGCUGUGAGGUCUUUAUUAAAAUUGAAGAUGAGAACGACAAUGUACCCUUAACGGAACAACCUGUUUACUAUCCGUCCGUGCUGGAAAAUAGUCCAACUGGUACUAAAAUAAUUCAACUUGAGGCUACAGAUGACGAUGUAGAUGUGGAUCAGAAAAUUUCAUAUAGACUAAUAUCAGGCAAUCCCGAGGGCUUCUUUGCUAUUAAUACAACAACAGGUCUGAUUACAACAACCUCCCGACGUUUAGAUCGAGAAAAUCAACCGGAGCAUAUACUAGAGGUCAUGAUAAUGGACGAUGGUGAGCCACAACUCUCGUCAACAACUCGAGUGGUAAUCAAAGUUGAAGAUGUGAAUGAUAAUUCACCCGAAUUUGACCAGAAAACAUACAACGUUGAGGUGCCUUCGAAUGCGAAAAUAAAUCAAAAGCUUUUCCAGGUGCUGGCAUUUGAUAAAGAUAUCGGUGAAAAUGGAAAAAUCACAUAUUCUAUAAAAUCCGGAAAAGGAAAGGCAAAAUUUAGAAUUCAUCCUGAUAAUGGUAUCGUGUAUGCAGCAAAAAGUUUAGAUCAAGAUUCGUACGAUUUAGUGAUUAAAGCUGAAGAUAAUGGAAAUCCGAAAAAGGUCAAGACGACAGCUGUUCAUGUGGAAAUUGUUGACGCUCCAGAUGAUUCAAUGCAGCCACCAAAAAUUAUAUCAGCUGACCAGACUGUGGAUGUUACAGAGAAUGACCAACCUGGAUAUUUGGUUACAUAUUUUCAAGCAGAAGAUGGUGAUAAUGAUAGAUUAUGGUAUGAUAUAAUCGAUGGCGAUGACAAUGACAAUAAUGAAUUCUAUAUUGGCGAAAGUGGUAAUGUGUUACUAGCAAAAAGAUUGGAUUGGGAAAGAAAGAAGGAAUAUAAUUUAACGAUAUCUGUCACAGAUGGUACUCAUAUUGUGAAAACUCAUUUGUAUGUUUCGGUGAUAAACAGUAACGACCAUCGACCACAAUUUACUGAGAACGAAUAUCGUGUUGAAAUAUCUGAAAAUACGGAAAAAGAUUCAGAGAUUUUGCAAUUACAUGCAACGGAUGCUGAUGAUGAUAAGAAGCUUUUCUACAGUCUUCAUACGGCAAAAAAUCCUACCUCACUCAGUUUAUUUCGAGUGGAUUCUGUUAGCGGUGUCAUUACACUUACCCAAAAAUUGGAUCGAGAAUUAAUUGUCGAACAUUUGCUCGUCGUUAGUGUUAAAGACCAAGGCACACCGGCAAAGAGAAAUUUCGCCAAAGUCAUUAUACGUGUUCAUGAUUUCAAUAAUCACAUACCCGAAUUUACAUCGAAAUUGAUAGAAGGAAAAGUCUAUGAAACGGCAGCUGAAGGAACACAAGUAGUUCAAGUGUAUGCUAUAGAUCGUGAUGCAGGAGAAAAUGCAAAAAUAACCUAUUCAAUAGUAAGCGGAAAUAUUGGUAAUGCUUUUCAAAUCGAUGAGAAUAUGGGGAUUAUAAGCGUCGUAAAAGAAUUAGAUAUUAAUGCACUGCCAGAGUAUAUGCUUCAAGUAAGAGCUUCUGACAAUGGAAAACCGCCAUUAUCAUCACAAAUACCAGUGCAUAUAAUGGUACAAAUGGCAGAUAAUGCACCGCCGCGAUUUACGUCUGAUGCUCGUGAGAGAGCAACGGAAAUAUAUGAGAACAUUCCUAUCGGAUCAUUUGUAAAGCACUUGGAUGUUCGAAGUACAUCAUCAGUAAUAUUUGAAAUAAUCAAUGGUAAUUUGAAUGAUGUAUUCUUCAUUAAUCCAUCAACGGGCAUAAUAACGACAAAGGAUGAUGUAGAUUAUGAGCGUAAUAACUUCUAUAAUUUAACUAUUCGUGCAACAAAUAUGGCAGCAAAGGAAGCACAUUGCAAUAUCAUAAUUCAAAUUCUUGAUGUAAACGACAAUAAUCCAUUCUUCGAGAGUUCCAUUUAUCGUGGAGAAAUAUCAGAAGCAGCACCAAUAGGAUCCCUUGUAACGCUAUUAACAAAUGAAGAAACGAAAAAUAAUUCUUUACAUUCAAAAUAUAAUGAAACAGUUCCGCUCGUUAUUAAAGCUCGAGACUUAGACUCAGGCCAAAAUUCACUCCUUCAUUAUGACAUUGUCGAAUAUUUGCCCCGCAAAUAUUUCCACAUCGAUUCAUCAUCGGGUGCCAUUAAAAAUAUUUUCAUAUUGGAUCACGAGAGAAUUCCAUUCUUUAGUUUUAAUGUGAAAGUUAGUGAUUUGGGAAAGCCACGAUUAUCUUCCAUAACCACAGCUCGAGUGGAAAUUAAAAUCAUUAAUAUAAAUGACUGUGCUCCAACAUUCCUACAGAAAGACUAUAACGUAACUCUACUAUUGCCAACAUAUGAAAAUGUGGCAGUAAUUCAAGUCAAUGCGACGGAUAAAGAUGCACUCGAUGAUUCAAUAUUGCGAUAUGACAUAAUUGAUGGAAAUUUCGAUUCUGUUUUUCGCAUUAAUUCAAAGGAUGGCACAAUUGUGACGACGAAAAAUAUAGAUAAAAUUAAAUCAUUUUAUAAGCUUCAUGUUCGUGUCUCGGAUGGAAAAUAUUCAACCAUUGCAUAUGUGUACAUAAAAGUUGAAAAUUCAGAAAAUUCUGGUCUCGUCUUCCAAAAACCGAUUUAUGAGAGCUCGGUGACAGAAAAUUCGACUAAAAUACAAAUUGUAUGUGUCGUUAAUGUACUUGGCACGGCACUUAAUGAGCAUAUCGAGUUUAGAAUACUUAAUCCGACAGAUAUGUUCAAAAUUGGCUUAACAUCCGGAGCUAUUGAAACGACUGGAAAUCGUUUCGAUCGCGAAGAAAAAGAUAAUUAUGAGUUAAUAAUUGAAGCGAGAUCACAAAUGGGAAUAUUAAGUUCCGACAAUCAAAAUCCGCGUAUUGCACAUGGCAUCGUGAAUGUAACAAUUUCAGAUGAAAACGAUAAUUGCCCCAUUUUCGUCAAUCUACCAUAUUAUGCUGUCGUAUCUGUUGACGAUCCAAAAGGUUCCGUAAUCAUUAAGGUUUUGGCUAUUGAUAUGGAUAUAAAUGAGAAUGGUGAGGUUCGUUACGAGAUGAAGAAGGGUCACGGAGAGCUGUUUAAAGUCGAUCGGAAAACUGGCGAGGUGAUCUUAAAGCAACCACUAGAAGGCCAUAAUAAGGAUUAUGAACUUAUAAUAUCAGCAUUUGAUGGCGGUCUUAUCCCAUGCUCUACAGAUGUUCUGGUGAACGUUAAGGUUGUGGAUAAAAAUAUGCCACAAUUUGACAAACAAUUCUACUCGGAUACAGUGCCCGAAAAUAUCGAAUUACAUUCACCGCUCUCGGUAUCGAUACAAGCGACUUCUCCCAUGAGCCGUAAACUGAUUUAUAGUAUUGUGAAAGGAAACGAGCUGGAAGAAUUUGCUGUUGAUUUUAAUACAGCUUUACAUACCAAUACUCAAUGUGCAAUUUAUGUCGUUGAUGAGUUGGACUUUGAGACAAAACAGAAUUACGAUUUGAUUGUGAGAGCAACAGAUAGCGUUUCAGGCGUCUCGGCUGAGGUGCCUGUUUCAAUUGUGGUUACGGAUGUUAAUGACUCACCACCAACAUUACCUCAGGAUAAUUACGAAAUCACUGUUUCAGAGUCGGUUCCAUUUGGCUCGCCUAUACUGAAAGUUGCAGCUCAGGACACUGAUAUAGGAAUUAAUGCCGAGAUAACCUACACCAUACAGACAGAUAAUAACAAAAAUUCAUCAGAAUUUUUCCACAUUGACGAGGAUGAGGGAACAAUUUAUUUGAAAAAGUCUUUGGAUCAUGAAACACAACAGCAUCAUCGUUUCACAAUAAAGGUUAUAGACAAAGGAAGCCCAGCUCUUUCAUCGACUGCUCAUGUCUUCGUUACUGUCAGUGAUUUCAAUGACAAUCCACCGUAUUUUGAGCAAUUAUCAUAUGAUUGUGCAGUAUCGCAAGAAGCAACUCGUGGUCAAUUUGUGACAGUUAUUACAGCCAAUGAUCCCGAUUAUAUUGAUUCAAAUCGUCUAAUUUAUGCAAUCGUCGAUGGUAAUGAAAAUCAAACAUAUCACAUUGAUCCGUACACGGGAAUUAUAACAUUGAUGAAUAUGCAAAACUUUGGCGAGAUCCAGCACUAUACAUUAUUGAACGUAUCCGUAACAGAUGGACUUUAUACGAGUUAUACACGUGUGAAAAUUUCUAUAUUGCCAGCGAAUCUUAAUAAUCCGUUCUUUGAGCAACUUUUUUAUGAAGCAAAAGUAAAUGAAAAUCAAUUAGCUGGUCGUCUCGUUGCAUCUGUAAAGGCGAAUGAUAAUGAUUUUGGAAAAUAUGGUCGUGUGACUUAUAAAAUUGUAUCUGAUGAAAUGCGUGAGAUAUUUAAUGUUGAUUCUGUAACGGGUGAUAUAACAACAAAAAUAAUGUUAGAUCGUGAAACACGUAAGAGUUAUGAGAUUCUUUUGAUGGCAACAGAUGAGGGCGGUCGUUCAGGUUUUACAUCUGUACGUGUAACAGUAACAGACGAGAAUGAAUUUCCACCUAAAUUUCUCAAUACCGAGUAUAAUACCGUCAUACAUGGAAAUCUAACGAAAAACAUUGUAUUUUUACGGAUCAAAGCAAUUGAUAUUGAUGAAAAUCAGAAUGCUGCCGUGAAAUAUUCAAUAUAUGACUCGGAGAAUAAAGGAAUAAAGGAUGUGUUUGGAAUUAAUGAACACAACGGAGGCAUUUAUUUGAAAUUUGAUGCUGAGAAAUUUGAAAAUCAAAUGUUUCAAUUCUUCGUGCGUGCACACGAUAGUGGAGUUCCGGAAUUACAUUCUGACGUGCCUAUUAAUGUUUAUGUCAUGGCACCGAGUGAGAUUCCACCAUUGUUUGAGAAAAAGGAUCGAAAUUGGUCUAUAUCCGAAAAUACUGAACCCGGAACACUGAUAGGUCGUCUCACAUUGCUGAAUAAUGGAAACAUUACUGCUAAUUACAGAAUAAUAUCUGUUGAUGACGACUACAAUGAUCCACAAUUUACAAUUAAUGGAGAUGGAGAGUUGAAAUUGGGUAAAACAUUGGAUCGUGAACGAAGGGAUUUGUACUACAUUAGUGUACUUGCUGAAACGGAUUCAUCUCCACCACUUACAGCUGUUGCCGACAUAGAACUGAGAGUGCAAGAUGUUAAUGAUGAAAAGCCAACUUUUGAAAGUAAUUCAUACUCAUUAGCAGUUGCUGAAAAUGUUGAAAAAGGAACUUCAAUCCUUAAAGUUCAUGCUCAUGAUGCUGAUAGUGGAGUAAAUGGAAAUAUCAGAUAUUCACUGGAUAAAAAUGCUGGUGAUAUUUUGAAUAUUUUUGAUAUUGAUUCUUAUACGGGAUGGAUAACGACAUUGGUGCCGUUAGAUAGAGAACAUCAAGAUGAAUAUAAAUUUAACGUGAUUGCAACUGACAAUGGACAUGAUAUUAAGCAUUCAACAAAGGCAACGGUAGUAAUAAAAGUCAAGGGAUAUAAUGAUAAUCCCAUGGUGUUUAAACAACAUAAAUACGAGACAACAAUAAGUGAGGAUUCUCUCCCUGGUACCGUACUUUUACAGCUAGAGAUUACGGACAAGGAUGACGAUGAAAAGGAACCGAAUGUCGACUACUACAUAAUUGGUGGUGAUUUAUAUUCGCAAUUUAGAAUUCGACAAAGUGGAGAGUUGUACAUCGCAAAGCCUUUAGAUCGAGAGUCAAUCGAUAAAUACGAACUUACAGUUCUUGUAACAGAUGGCAAGUUCAUUGACAAAACAAACAUCUCUAUAACUGUUCAAGAUUCGAAUGAUAAUCCAAUGAUUUGUCUUAAAUAUCGAUAUCGUGAGACAUUAAGUGAAAGUGUCGAAAUAAAUACACAUGUGUUACAGAUCUUAUAUAGCGAUGCCGAUGAGCCAACAAAUACCCGCCUCCGCUUUUAUCUCACCGGAAAUGGAGCAGAUAAUUUCCAUUUGGAUGAAAACUCGGGUAUUUUAAGAACAUCUCGACGUUUGGAUAGAGAAAGUCAAUCUAAAUAUCAAUUGACAGCUUUUGUUCAAGAUAGAGAUCAUUCUGGAUGGGAGUGUAACAGUCUCAUUGAGAUUUCAAUUACUGAUGUGAACGAUGAACGUCCAAUUUUCACAAUGGAAUCUUAUAGUGUUUUUAUCCCUGAGGAUGCAGAAGUUGGGACGCUUGUGACAAAGGUUUUGGCAACUGACAACGAUAAAGGAAUAAAUCGUAAAAUCAGAUAUUCCUUUAUUGAUUCCCAUAAAGAUCACUUUAAAAUUGAGCCCGAGAGUGGAAUUGUAACAUUAAUGAAACCUUUGGAUAGAGAGCAACAGGCACAUUAUAAUUUAACAUUAAAAGCGACAGACAUGGGUGCACCGCCACUACAUUCAACAAUCAAUCUAGUUGUAAAUGUUCAGGAUAUUAACGACUCUCCACCUGUUUUUACAUCAAAUCACUAUUCAUCUACCAUCUGUGAGUCAUCUGAAAUUGGUACAUCAAUCAUAAAAUUACAUGCUACAUCUAAGGAUAUAGGCGUAAAUGCUGAAAUAUCCUAUACAAUUAUCGGUGGAAAUGACCAUAAAAAGUUCGUUAUCGAUAAAGAGAGUGGUCUAGUAUCACUUGCGGACACAGUGGAUUAUGAGAAAUCUAAGGACUACUUCCUUACUGUUCAAGCUCAAGAUCAUGGUGAACCACCCCUUUCAACAUUAGCAUCCUUGAACAUUUCGAUAACAGAUUUUAAUGAUAAUGCUCCAACAUUUACACAGAAUUCAUAUCAAGCAAGAAUUCGAGAGGAUGCCGAAAUUGGGGAUAAAAUUCUACAAGUACGUGCUAACGAUAUGGAUUCAAAUGAAAACGGCAAAAUAAGAUACUACAUUGAACGGGGUGACCGCAUGAACCAAUUCAAUAUUGAAGAGGAGACGGGUUACAUAUCCGUAGCUAAUGAACUAGAUCGUGAGAGUAUAUCAAAUUAUGUGCUCGAGAUAGUUGCCAAAGACAGCGGCUUUCCUGAACUAUCGACAGUCGUGCUUGUUAAUUUGGAAAUUAGUGAUGCGAAUGAUAACUAUCCGACAUUCUCACAAAGAAAUUAUACCGUGUAUGUACAAGAGAAUCGUCCUAUUGGUCACCAUUUAAUCAAGUUUGAAGUAAUUGAUAACGAUGCUCCACCAAAUUCAGAUCCAUUUACGUUUGAAUUCAUUGCGGGUAAUGAAAAUGGUGCCUUUCGUAUUGACGAGCAAGAUGGUGUGUUAAAAACGGCAACACGCUUCAAUCACAAAAUUAAGGAUACAUAUAAUUUGAAAAUACGAGUUUUCGACAAUGGCUCUCCCGUUCUAUACAGUGAUGCCGAUGUAUUAGUGAAAGUCAUAGAAGAAAGUCAAUAUCCGCCAUAUAUAACGCCAUUAGAAAUAUUCAUAAAUUCAUUUAAUGAUGAAUUUCCUGGCGGACAAAUUGGAAAAAUUUUCGCUACAGAUCAAGAUAGAUAUGAUACACUUACAUUUGGAUUGGCGCCAGUUAAUGGUGUUUCUUAUCAACCCACUGCCUUAUUUAAUAUCUCAAAAGAAGAUGGAUUAUUGUAUGCCUUUCCACGUCUCGAUGUUGGCGAUUAUCGUAUAAACGUAACAGUGGAUGAUAAUAAAUAUAUAUCAUCAACUAUAAUUAAAGUGUCAGUCGAAAUGGUUACAGAAGAGACAUUACAGAAUGCCAUUUCAAUUAGAGUGAAAAACAUCGGUCCUGAAGAAUUCAUUUUGAGUAAACGAAAGCUAUUUAUUCGGGCACUUAAGGAAGUGAUUCACUGUCGUCAGAAGGACAUUAUUUUAAUAAACGUACAAAAGUCAAGUGACGCGUUAAAAAAUAAGCAGCAGCAGCAGGAACAACAACAAAAGCGUCAAGUACGUGAAGCACAUCAUAUUCGAAAUUUGGAUGUUUUAUUUGCCGUUAGAAAGUCAAAUACAAAUCACGGUACGACUUAUGCAAAUAAUUUUUAUGCUCCAAAUGAGCUUCGCAAAUUCAUUGACGAAAAUUUAGAGGAAAUAGAAGACGUAACAAAUCUCAAAAUUGAGGAAGUAGUAAAAGCAAAAUGCUUGCAACAUUAUUGUGUUAACGGAGAAUGUGAAGACAAAGUUGUAUUGGAUGGAAGACAAUCUUUUCCCAUAGUAACUGAUGUUUUUAGUUUUGUAUCUGCACAAUAUGAGCAUAAGGCAGAGUGUAUAUGCAAAAAUGGUUAUGGAGGCGAUUCAUGUCAGUUCAUGAUAAACGAAUGCGCAAAAGAUCCAUGCAAGCCACCCAAAAAGUGUAUUCCCGACGAGACAUUAAAACCAAAUGCUUUCCGAUGUGUAUGUGAGGAUGGAUUUUUUGGAGCAAAUUGCGAUAAAGAAACAAGCAAAUGUAACGAAGAGAACUGCUAUAAUCCAAAGAACCCAGUUACGUUCAGUGGAAAAAGCUAUGCUCAUUAUAAAAUCGAUAAAAAUCUAGCCAAGAAGGCAAUUGAGGAUCAAAUCCAAUUACAAUUGCGAAUACGUACAGUUCAACCAACAGGAAAUUUGCUGUACGCAGCAGGAAAAAUCGACUAUAAUAUUCUUGAAAUACAAAACGGCAUUGUACAGUAUCGCUUUGAUUUGGGCAGUGGUGAGGGAUUAGUGAGUGUUAGCAGUAUUUAUGUCUCAGAUGGAUUGUGGCAUGAAAUUCAACUUGAGAGGCUAGGAAACAGUGCGCGUUUAAUUGUUGAUGGAAAACAUACGCGCUCAGGCAUAGCACCAGGCGUAAAUGGAAUAUUGAAUUUACAAUCACAUGAUUUAUAUUUCGGUGCUGAAGUGCGCUCACAUCCAACGAUUAUUGGCAUUGAAGAUAUACAACGAGGGUUUAUCGGAUGUAUGGAUGAUUUAAAGCUAUUGCGUGCACACCUACCAUUACAGAUGAACGCUGCUGCCAGUAGCUCCGUUGCAGUACUAAAGCGGUUCGCAAAUGUAGACUUUAAUUGUGAUGCUGCAAAUGCUUUAAUUCCACUCGGUGUGUGUGGUAAUCAGCCUUGUUUGAAUGGUGGAACAUGUAAAGAAUUCAAUAACGGUAUUGAAUAUGAAUGUGCUUGUCAUCAACGAUUUACGGGCAAGAACUGCCACGAAGAUUUAGAUCCGUGCUCAUCUAACCCUUGUUUGUAUGGUGGUAAGUGUCGAAAUGAAGGAUAUGGAAACUAUACAUGUGACUGUCCAGCAAAGAUGUCAGGAAAGCGAUGUGACUUUGGACGUUUUUGUUUGCCUAAUCCAUGCCGAAACGGAGGCUUUUGUGAGGAAGGCGACGAUAAUCCAAUAUGCUUAUGUCGAGGCUACAUGGGUAAAACGUGUGAAAUUGACGUAGACGAAUGUGAAAAUCAACCUUGUGGCAAUGGCGCAACUUGUUUGAACGAAGCCGGUUCAUUUAGAUGUAUUUGUCCAUCUCACAUGACUGGUGCAAGCUGUGGAAAUCCAUUAUAUUCAGAGUUCAAUAUCUCUAAUCUGAUACACAACACAAGUCUUCAACUCAAAAUUAUAAUCAUAUCCGCUGUCAUUGUGUUCUUAUUUAUACUAAUAGUGUGCUGCUUGUGUUGUUGCUGCAGGCGACGAAGAAAAUCAAGGGAAGAGCGUAUCGGUGUGAAAAACAAUGUUGUUGCCGCAUCUCCAAUUUUAAAUUCAGAUUAUAAGCGUGUAUCAAAAAUGAGUAAUUUAGAACAGCAACAGCAGCAGCAGCAACAACAACAACAACAACAAGUACAAAAUCAACAACGACCAGCAUCUUAUGCGACAACAGAUCAUCAUAAUGUCAUUUAUAAUCAAGUGAUGCAGUACAAUAACCUAGACACAUUGAGAAAUUACGGCUCAGCGGGUGAUGAGUUGGAAAACUUUUUAGUACCUGAGUACGGAAAACUUAAUCGAAAUCCAAUGAACCAACAAAUAGUGAACAUUAACAAUACCACAGGCAACUCAAGUGAUACAGACACAUCGUCGCAUAAGCCAAAUAAAAAAUGGGAUCAGAUUCAUUUGCAGACUUUUAGCGAUAAGACGAAAAUAAAUAAUGAUAAACGAUUAAGUCCUCAUCAUCAUCAUCAACAAACGACCAGUCAAUAUCGACAAGGCGGAAUAUUACAGGGUCGUUUGCUUCCAUCUCCUGCAGCAACUUAUGCUGGCGGAACCGAAACUGGUGCGUACGAAUGGGAUGUUUCAGAUUGGAAACCACGCUCUUUGAAUGUUCUCUCAAAUAUCACUGAAGUACCAUGCAAUAAUGAACAAGUGAUUGAUUCGUCAAGCUUUCAUAGUAACGAGAGCAAUGAAUCGAAUGCCAAUAAAAAUAAUGGAAACAAUAUACCAAGCAUCAUGAUGGAAAGCUUACCGAUAAUGGAUCCUUCACGUGAUAUUGAAACUUUAAAUGAAAAUAUCGAAUUAGAUUUUCCUGAACUGUCCGACGACCGAAGCGAACAGCCUUUAUCAAUAAACUUUGACAAUUCGAUGACCUAUCUAAAUCCGUUAGACAGUGGCAGUGAGGAUUAUAGAUUUAAUACAGUGCCUUUAAUAGUAAACCAUUCACCUGAAUCAUAUUUGAGACAUCCUAAUAGUUAUUUGCCAAAAUACAACAUACAAAGUGAAACGGAUGGCGAAAGCAUACCAUUGAAUCAAUCAAAUGAUGGGAUCCUUGGCAAUGGACUUAAUAGUGGCAGUAAUCGAAUGGGACAAAGAAUUUUAAUGAAAAAUGGCGUUGACAUCGGACCACACCAAAUCGUUCAAUCUGAUGAAGACGACGUUCCUGCAUAUGGAUUUCCGAGUCAGAAGCGACGUAAUCGCGUUGAACAUAGUGAUUUUGGACUAAACAAAGGCGGUGAAAGCAGUUCGCUUCUUGGUCACACUAGUCUUUUACACAUGCAUGGUGAUCAAUCACAAAGUGAUUUAUCAGUGAAACUCUGUGAAAUUGAGGAUAGUGAAACGGAUGAACUGAACAACAGCAAUAACUACGUGAAAUCAUUAAAUACCAAUAAGGGUAAUUGGACCAAAACAAGUACACACACCGACGUUUAAAAAAAAAUCGAAAUCGAAAAUAUUUUCACGAAUAUAAAAAAAAACAUUACUCAAUGUAACGUAACGAUAUAAUCAAA